GUGGUGAAAGGAAAAACACGGGUAGUGAGAGAAAGAGAGUAUCGCUCAAUCUCUCCUUCUGAUAAGCUCGAGUUGAGGCUCAUCUUUGUAGUAAACACUGUCCACAAUUGCCAUAGAGGGUGGGGACGGGCGACGGCGACGGAGUCGGCAGCUCUUCCCAUUUCACGCACCUUUCUCUAUCCUCUGUUUUUGGGGGUUCUACUGAACUAGGAUUUCUUCGGUUCUGCAAACAAUGGCCUGCAGACUAGCAUUCUCAAGCUCCCUUUGCAUGAGCCCCCAACAAAGGCCAACUCAAAGCUAUAAAAUUUCUCCAUUUAAAGCAUCAUCAGGAAGUUUUUAUUUGAAUUGGGGAAGUAGUCUACCUUUAAGGAAGAAGAGAUGGUUUACAUAUGUAAGGAGGGAAAACGUUGUAAAGGCUGUAGCGAUUCCAAUUGCACCUUCUUCCCCUGCUGAAGACUUACCUUCUCAUGCGGAGAGUGCAGACUACAGAAAGCAAUUAGCUGAUAGCUAUGGUUUUAGGCAAAUUGGAGAACAACUUCCUGAAAAUGUCACCUUAAAGGACAUUAUUGCUACUCUUCCCAAAAAAGUGUUUGAGGUAGAUGAUGUUAAAGCAUGGAAAUCUGUGUUGAUUUCUGUCACUUCUUAUGCUUUGGGAAUUUUCAUGAUAGCCAAAGCUCCUUGGUACCUGCUUCCACUAGCUUGGGCAUGGACAGGAACUGCUAUCACUGGGUUCUUCGUUAUAGGACAUGAUUGUGCCCACAAAUCAUUUGCAAAAAACAAAUUAGUCGAAGACAUUGUGGGAACUCUUGCCUUUCUGCCAUUGAUAUAUCCUUACGAGCCAUGGCGAUUCAAGCAUGAUCAACAUCAUGCCAAGACAAACAUGCUAAAUGAAGAUACAGCUUGGCAUCCUGUUUGGGAAGCAGAAAUUGAAUCAUCUUCAGCUCUACGGAAGGGAAUAAUAUACGGUUAUGGUCCAUUUCGGCCUUGGAUGUCCAUUGCUCAUUGGUUGAUGUGGCACUUUGAUACGAAGAAGUUCAGACCAAAUGAAUUGAAAAGAGUGCAGAUAAGCUUGGCUUGUGUUUGCGCCUUUAUGGCAAUUGGGUGGCCGCUGAUUAUCUAUAAGGCAGGAUUUAUUGGAUGGAUCAAGUUCUGGUUAAUGCCGUGGUUAGGUUAUCACUUUUGGAUGAGCACAUUCACGAUGGUACAUCACACUGCACCACAUAUCCCAUUUAAGGUUUCGGAGGAGUGGAAUGCAGCCCAAGCCCAGCUUAAUGGGACAGUACAUUGUGACUAUCCUAGUUGGAUAGAGAUCCUCUGCCAUGAUAUCAACGUACAUAUCCCUCAUCAUAUUUCUCCAAGAAUACCGAGUUACAAUUUGCGGGCAGCUCAUCAGUCUCUUAAAGAGAACUGGGGAAAGUAUAUGAAUGAGGCUACAUGGAACUGGCGUCUGAUGAAGACUAUAAUGACAGUAUGUCAUGUUUACAAUAAGGAUCAAAAUUAUGUCCCUUUUGAUGAACUUGUUCCUGAGGAUUCCUAUCCCAUAACAUUCCUCAAGAAGGCUAUGCCUGAUUAUGCUUGAUGAUUCGCGGUUGUGAUCUGUUGCAUCUUUUGGGCAUAAUUUAACAUCGAAAGUUGACUUUCUUUUCACUCACACACACAAUCCUGUUCCAUUGUCGAGUUGGGUAGAAAGGAAAAUUCUUGAGCCCCCUUAUAAAGUUUAACUAUAUAUCAUCUAUGAAUUAUCAUAUGCAAAUCUGCUACCGAUGUAUUUUACAAAUUUGAAUUUCUUUCUUUUGUGUUGUUAUUUAUUAUUGUUUAAGCUUGUCUUUCAA